AUGACCCCAUGCCUCCACGUCUCCAUGCCUUCAAGCCUCCAAGCCUCCAAGCAACCAAGUUUCCAAGCCUCCAAGUCUCCAAGCUUCCAUGUCCUCAUGCCUCCAAAGCUCCAAGUCCCCAUGUCUCCAUUCCUCCAUGGCCCCAUUUCUCCAUUUCUCCAUGUCCCCAUGCCCCCAAGCCCCCAAGCCUCCAAGCCUCCAAGCCUCCAAGCUUCCAUGUCCCCAUGUAUACAUGCCUCCAAAUCUCCAAGCCUCCAAGUCCCCAUGCCUCCAAGCCUCCAUGUCCCCUUGCCUCCAAGUCUCCAAGUCUCCAAGCCUCCAUGUCCCAAUGCCUCCAAGCCUCCAUGUCUGCAAGCCUGGCAGUCUGCAAGCCUCCAAGUCCCCAUGCCUCCAAGCACCCAUGCCUCAAAAUACCCAUGCCUCCAAGCAUCCAAGUCCCCAUGGCUCCAAGCCUUGUCCCGAUGCCUCCAAACCUCCAUGUCCCCAAGCCUCCACGUCCCCAUGCCUCCAAGCCCCCAAGUCCCUAUUCCUCCAAGCCUCCAAGCCCCCAAAUCCCCAUGCCUCCAAGUCUCCAUGCCUCCAAGCCUUCAAAUCCCCAUGCCUCCAAGUCCCCAUGCCCCCAAGCCUCCACGCCUCCAUAUCCACAUGCCUCCAAGUCUCCAUGUCCCCAAGCCUCUAAGUCUCCAUGCUUUCAAGCCUCUAAGCAUCCAAGCAACCAAGUUUCCAAGCCUCCAAGCCUCCAAGCCUCCAAGCCUCCACGCCUCCACGCCUCCACGCCUCCACGCCUCCAAGUCUCCAAGUCUCCAAGCCUCCAAGUCUCCAAGCCUCCAUGUCCCGAUGCCUCCUAGCCUCCAAGUAUCCAUGCCUCCCAGCCUCCAUGUCUGGAAGCCUGGCAGUCUCCAAGCCUCCAUGUCCCCAAACCUCCAAGCCUCCAUGUCCUCAUGCCUCCAAAUCUCCAAGUCCCCAUGA